GGGAGUAUAAUACAUAAACUUUUAAAAUUUUGGUAAUUCCUAAUACUGUACACCCCAGUAUUUAACCAGUUCUCAGACUGAGAUGAACCGAAGUGUGCUGAUGAGAAGAAUUCAACUCCCCGGUGCGGCGGCUGCGUUCCGCGGUUCAGCCGAUAUUUUCACGCUUGCCAGUUAUACUGUUAAACGCUCACCCCCAUCGCUUUCAUACCUUCAACCUCCGGCGCCUAGCUCUCUUUACUCUCAGCGAUGCCUGGUUACAGCCACCAUUCGCCCCUCUGAACCCACUGUCAAUCCAUCCCUUCGUACUCAAAGCGAUGUCCCUAGCGGAGAAACGGACAAUAAUGGAGCUUUGGGAAAGUGCUCCAAAGUCAUUUUGAAAGGAAUGAGAUACGCUGACCUUGAAAAAUGGGUUCAGUCACAAGGUUUUAGGCCUGCUCAGGCAUUGAUGCUGUGGAAGCGCCUUUAUGCAAAUAAUAUUUGGGCACAGUCUAGUGAAGAGUUAGAAGGUCCAUUGUUGAUUACUAUUUACUGUAAUUUUAAUCAUCUGAACGAUUGCCCAAUAUCUAUUCGUAAAGGUUUGAAUAAAGAAUUCAGAAAAAUGUUAAGUCAGCGUGCUGAAUUCAAAGCAUUAGAUUUGAAAGAUAUUGUGACAGCAUCUGAUGGUACUAAAAAGGGGGUUGCAGAUGUUAUUUGCGUUGGAGGACAGCUUGAUAAUAGAAACUGUAGUUAUACCGUGUGAACGGGGCAGAAAUACUGUCUGCAUUUCUAGUCAAGUUGGUUGCGCCAUGAAUUGCCAGUUCUGCUACACUGGCAGAAUGGGAUUAAAGAGACACUUAUCUACUGCGGAGAUAGUUGAGCAGGCAGUUCUUGCACGGCGUUUGCUGUCAAGUGAAGUUGGUCCAAUUUCAAAUGUUGUAUUCAUGGGGAUGGGGGAACCACUCCAUAACACAGAAAAUGUGAUAAGAGCUGCAGACAUAUUGGUUGAUGAGCAAGGGCUCCAUUUCAGUCCUCGCAAGGUCACCAUCUCAACCAGCGGUCUUGUUCCCCAGCUAAAGCGUUUUCUUCGCCAAUCUAAUUGUGCUUUGGCAGUCAGCCUGAAUGCCACCACUGAUGAGGUUAGAAAUUGGAUCAUGCCUAUAAACCGGAAAUAUAACCUGAAAUUGCUUCUUGGGACUCUUAAAGAGGAGCUUAGUAUGAAGCACAACUACAAAGUUUUUUUCGAAUAUGUUAUGCUUGCUGGAAUUAAUGACAGUGUGGAAGAUGCAAAGAGACUAAUUGAUCUGGUUGAUGGCAUUCCUUGCAAGAUUAACCUCAUAACCUUUAACCCUCAUUCCGGAUCUCUAUUCAGACCAACAAAGGAGGAGACAAUGGUUGAGUUCCGGAACAUUCUCGCGGAAGCUGGGUGUGUUGUUUUUCUACGGCUGAGCAGAGGCGAUGAUCAAAUGGCGGCUUGUGGUCAGCUUGGCAAGCCCGGGGACAUACGGGCCCCGUUGCUACGGGUCCCUUCCCAAUUUCGUGCAGCAUUACAAGAAGCUUCACUAUAAUUUUCAUACCACUCUCGACUGUUAUUUACUUAUUUACCUAUUCAAAUGGGAGUUGUUUAAUUUUUAUGUAGUGUGAAGUUAAAUGCUUAAAUAUGUUUUUAGAGGGAGGAGCAGUCGCACUAGUUUGACCAAUUGAAUGAGAGUUGUCCUACAAUUCCUUACGACUCGUUACUAAAAUGCAACG